UAAAACCAACCAAAUCCCCACACAGAAUCCAAUCAACAUCUCUGUCACUUUCUCAGGAAAAUUUGAGAGAAAAUGGAUGGAAAAUUUCAUUGGGAUACAAAGAGCAAAGUGAUAUCAAGAACCUCCUCAGUUGGCUGUUCUUCUCGCAGCAUUUAUUACUGUGGAACAGCUGAAGGAGUCCCUUUCAAAUGGGAAACACAGCCAGGAACUCCCAAGGAUCCUCCCCCUCAAGAAAUGCUUCCCCCUCUCAGCCCUCCGCCCGCCGUCCUCAGCCUCGGGUUACCGAAACCCUGCAUCGAACGCCCGAAUCCCCGACCCCGACUCCGAAUGAGCCUUAGGUUUUGGAGGAAAAGCGAGAAGAAAAGGGAGAAUGGAGAUGGUUUUGGUCACCCUGAUAAGUUGGAAACUUCUUCGUUUAUGAGCUCGGACGGCGAGUUUAUGGCAUCUCCUCGAGAUUCGGUGUCGUCGUUGUCGUCUUCGUCUUCUUCGUCGUUACCGUCGUCUUUGCUCGAGUCGUUAAAUGUACGAAAUAUGGGGAGGGUGUCAUUUGGAAGGCCUUGGCAAAUUAACAGAUUUCUGGCUUGUUACCAUUGCUAGGGGAUUUUAGUUACUUUCAUGUUUGAUAAUAAAGAUGAUAUUAAUUAAUAAAGGUUAAG